AUGGAUCUGAAGAGAGACACCGUUCAACCACAUCUUCUCUGCCUGUUCGAAGGUUUCAAUCAAAACUCAACAGGUCCCCUCGACCCAAAACCUCGACCCCGCCAACCCCCAAGAGCGACCGGACCUCUCUCCCCCCCCCACUCGCUAGUAAGCCCCCCCUCCUCCUUCGCACGGACCCCAGCCCCUCCUCUUCCCCCCCCCACUCCCCUCAGCCCCAUCAUAAAAACAAAAAUCCACGUCCUCUCUUUCAACCAGCAAGCCCACCCGCCCAGGACUGGCCGCCGUCUUUCCCCCCAGCCUCCCGCACCCAAAACCGGGCCGGAUUACAACUCCAGUCCCAGGCUUUUCGGUUCAAAGCUGAAAAACAGCGGGCUGCCAGUUAAGACUGCCUCCCGGAUCUCCAAAAGUCCAAAUUCGGUUCUGAAGAACCCGACCCCUCUCCCGAGCCAUGAACGGCGCCCAGCUGAAGUCAGCCUCGAUCCCAACCCCGGCCCCGGGCUUCUCGACGGCCUGCUAGGCGAUGUACCCGGCCCUUUCUCCGGAACCCUCUCAACGCUCCACAAGAGCCAGGGUUUGAAACUUGGUCCAGCCCAGCUGCCUGCCUCCCAACGCGGGCCAGCCUCCGACUCCAGCCCCAGGCCUCUCCGAGGUCGUCCGAAACAGGCAAUCCUAAGCGGUCCAGCUUCUGUUUCUCCAAAAAGUCAAAAGGAGACGAUCUCUCCAACCGUCCGGGACUGUCCCUCAGGCACAGAGCAGAGGGAGGAUGUUCAGAGAAUGUAA